UUAGUGACAAAUAAACUUUGAAAUGAAAGUGAUAGUAAGUUCAUACACACUGUAGCUCCUUCUUGGCCCCUACAUUGUAAUUGUAACCCAUUAUUAUUAAUUCCAUCACCAUAACAACACUUCAUUCCACUUCUAGUACAAUAUUAGUGUUGCUUAUUCAAUCUCUUUAUAUAUCUAUCUAUCACUUUGAUUCCAAAUUAAUAUCAAACUUAGUUAACAUUAUAUUUAUACAAUAUCACAUUCAUUUCACUUACUCAGCCAAAACGGGUCUCCCUCUUUGGUUGCUUGGAUUGGGUCCGGACCUCUUGUGGGCCGACAUGAACCGCCUCCUCUCCUUCCUCUUUCAUCAGGGAGUAUUGGAUGAGCAAUUCUUGCAGCUCCAGCAGCUACAAGAUGAAACCUCACCAAACUUUGUCUAUGAGGUUGUCAACAUUUAUUUCCACGAAUCUGAGAAGCUUCUCAGGAAUCUAAGAGCAUUGCUGAUGGAGAGAGAGUUUAUGGACUAUAAGAAACUGGGGAUUGAUUUGAAUCAGUUUAUGGGAAGCAGCUCAAGCAUUGGUGCAAAAAGAGUGACUAAUGUCUGUGUUGCCUUUCGUGUCGCUACUGAACAGAACAACCGUGCUGGAUGCUUCAGAGCGUUGGAAAUGCUGGAACAUGAAUAUUGCUAUCUCAAGAACAAAUUGCAUGAACUAUUCCAAAUUGAACAGCAACGAGCUUUGGCAGCUGGAGUGAGGUAUCCAGUACAGAAUGAAUAAAGUAAAAUGAAAGAAAUGGUGAUUAGAUCAUGUAUUAAGAAUUUUUUUCUUUUCUACUUUUCAUGUUAAAUCUUUUCUAGUUUCGUAAGGCUGAGGGCACAUCUUUCCUGUUUUAGACAAACCAAGUUAAACAUAUCUUUUUUACUUGGUUGGGUAGGGAAUAGAAAAAAAAGGGGGGGCUCACUAGAUUGUGUGGAUUCUCUUAUUUAUGUGGUAGAUUCUCUACUCAUUUUUUUUGAAUUAAAGUGGA